CGCGUGUGGCUGCCGGGCCGCGGGGCGCGGGGCUCGGGGCGGGCCCGGGGUCGGAGCUACUUGGAGGCGGCCGCUGCCGAGUUCUUCCCGCCGAUAACAGUGUGUAGACUCAUCUUAAGCAUCCUCUUGGACUUGAGUAGUGAAACCAAAAAGCUAUCUAGUCAUGUCAGUUGUUCCACUGGUGGAUAUACGGACACAGAAUGACCACUUUAGUUUUCCUGGAUAUAAAAGAUGGCAAGUCCAGAUAGAAGUAAACGGAAGAUAUUAAAAGCCAAAAAAACCAUGCCUACAAGCUGCCGGAAGCAAGCAGAGAUACUGAAUAAGUUAAAGACUGUUGAAGUUCUGAAAACAACAAUGGAGAAUAAUGUUCUAAGUGCUAAUCAGAAUUUAAGUACUGGAGUCAUAACUGGAGAAUGUAGACGUCCUGAAAUUGUUGAUUCUUCAUUGAACUCUGAGAAAAAUUCAGCAUUUUUACUGAAAAGUGUAGGAUUCCCUCAGAAUUUAAUGAAGCCUAUAGAAAAAGUUAUUCACUCAAAAACAAAAUUGGAGUGUAUUGAUGAACAAGUUGUAUGUUCUUACAAAAAGCCAAGAAAAACAAUAGAUUCUCCCAGCCAAUUCUUUAUACAAGAAGUGAAAGAGAAAUGGAAUACAUCUGAAACUCAUUUUGAAUAUAAGACAAAUAUAACAUCAUCCUUUUUUCAACAUGAGCAGAAUUGUAAUCUAAAAUCUAGUUGUCAUUCACCCAUCAUUUUAAGUGAUGUAGUUCAAAAUACCUUGGAAGAUAACAAAAUCAACAAAAUGGCUUCCAAUUUAGAAGCAAACUCCAAUUCAGAGUCACAUGACGAAAGGCAAAAUGACAUUUUAAGUUCAGACUCCUGUUGUGUGCCUAUUGCGAAAACACCUAACUGGGUGAAUGUAGUCAGUUCCAGCAACUGUGUAGCUAACACUUUAAAAACUAAAGAAUCCAGUAGAACCCAACACUCCAGCAUUUCAGAUUGUGAAAAUACAGACUCAAAGCAGCAGGGCUUACUCAACACUGAUGGUAAUAACAGCUACAAUCAAAAGAAGAUGUUUUCAGAAAACAAAGAAAAUGUUAAGCGCAUGAAAACUUCAGAGCAAAUUAAUGAAAAUAUUUGUGUAUCUCUGGAAAGGCAAACAGCAGUGCUGGAACAGGUCAGACAUUUGAUUCGACAGGAGAUUUGUAGUAUAAAUUUCAAACUAUUUGAUAAAAAACUGAAAGAAUUGAGUGAACGCAUUGGGAAGAUACAGUGCAAGAAUAAACAUGAAGCAAUAGCUGGUGAACUCUUCGCAAAAGUGUCAAGAUUUCAGAAACACAUUAAAGCAGUCUUAGAGUUUCAGAGGAAAUGUUUGGAAGCAAAUACAUUCUCCAGUAAUAAAGCCUUUAAGAUUGGAAAUUCAGAGACCAUGAUUUUGGAUAAGAAUCAAGAGUUGGUUAACAGCCAGAAUGAAAGAAUGACUUCUAUGAACUGUGAACCUUCCAACCCUUCAGAAAAAGCAAGUGAAAGAAUUAAUUUGCCAUCGGAUUGUGUUGAGUUUGUUUCUGAAAGUAACGAUGAUGUUAUAUUGAUUUCUGUGGAAAGUUCUAAUUUGACAACUCCAAUUACAUCAAAUCCAACAGAUAUUAGAACAAUUAAAUCAACAAAUUCCAGCAAGUUACCUAAUGAUAUAAUUGAAGUUAAGGCUCUAGAGAAGAAGAAAAGUGAUUUUGUUAUUGAUUUGACAAAAGAAAUCCUAUCCAACUGCAACACAGAAAGUCCAGUAUUCACCCUGGAGUCACCUCUGAAGCCUGUUUUAAACUCAAAAGAAAUAACUCUGGUGGCAGAAAAUGCAACCGAGGAUUUGGAUUCAUUUGACCACCUGCCACCUCUCCCAGUACCAUUGCCACCACCGCCUGAACUGGUGGACAAAAUUGGAGACACGCUCCCUCCCCAGAAGCCUGAGCUGAAAGUGAAGUGGGUGCUAAGACCCAUGGCCAUUGCCCUAACCUGGAACAUCACCAAGAUCGACCCCAGGUGUGCUCCUGUGGAAAGCUACCACCUGUUCCUAUGCCACAAGAACACUAAUGAUAAGUCGAUUUGGAAAAAAAUUGGAGAAAUUAAAGCUUUACCACUCCCGAUGGCCUGUACUUUAUCAGAGUUUUUUGCUUCCACCAGAUACUAUUUUACUGUCCAGUCAAAAGACAUUUUUGGGCGUUAUGGACCAUUUUGUGACAUAAAAUCAGUUCCUGGGUUUUCUGAUAACUUUAUAUAAAAGUUCAGUAAUUAUUUGUUGUGUUUGACGUGUUUUUCGUAUUUGAAUUGUUAGUUUACAAUGUUACUGUAACACUAUUUGCCAUUUUACAGGGCCAAAUUGUGAGCCCCUUGUAUGGGGAUAGCCCUCUUCCAUUUAUUGUAAUUAGCUUGUAAUUCCAUGAAUUUCUGACUUGCAUAGACUUCCUGUGUGUGUGUGUGUGUGUGUGUGUGUUCUCAAGCAUACUGUUGUGGCUCCAUGUCGCCAAGGUGUCUGGGAUAAAAGCAGCCAUUGUUGCCUCUGUCAACAAUCAGCUUUGAUGACCUGCUUUUGUGGUCAGUGUAGCUCUAAGAAAAAUUGGCCCUUAAUGUCUUCCCAUUCUGUUAGAAUUCUAGGUGGGCUAUGGAUCUGUGCCCCUCUUUAUCUUAUUAUUUUAUUCUAUUUUAUUUUGUUAUUCAUUUGGAGAAGUCUAAAGUUUUUGCAUAAGACUGUUGUAUGCUUAUGUAUAAAAUGUGUUAAACAUUGUGUGCUGUGUACACAAAAACAUAACACCAUCUCGUAAAAACACUGUUCAACCUGCUAUUUAAGUUAUAGUUGUCUGCCUUAAGUUUAAGUCUUCAAUUUGCUGAUUCUCUAAAAUGCUGUCUUUUGCAAGUCCCUCGGCUGCCAUGAGGCACUCAGAACAUAACACUAAAGGGCUCAGAUAGACUGGCCCUGCAGACCUCUGCCUGGGGGAACACCGAGGUAAAGGACAGCAGCCCAGGGAACUGGCUUGAGAGGUGUAGGUCAGGGCCCAUGGGAGAUGGACAUCGUGGCUGGCUAAUAACUGGAAUGUUAAGAAAAUAGAAAAAGCAGAUUGUUUGCAAGAGGGGUGUUCCUGGUACACAAUGAAAGUUGUGAGCUUUAAAAAAUGAACAGUGGGGGGCCAGGGGUUUAGCUCAGUGGCACCACAGCUGCCUCACAAGUCCAAGGUCCCAAGUUCCGUCUCUGGUACCAAAAAAAUAAAAUUAAAAAGGAACAGUAAA